AUGUCUUGUUGAUGCGAGGUGUUUUCUGGGAAAGUGUCAUCUGGACGCCAUUUCCACUCCAGACAGAGGAGGAUAAUAGUUUUGGAGAACCUGCGAGCUUUGAAGACACAAUGGCAAGCCCGGGUAAAGACAACUACAGGAUGAAGAGCUACAAGAACAAGGCCUUGAAUCCUCAAGAGAUGCGUCGAAGAAGAGAGGAAGAAGGAAUUCAGCUUCGCAAACAGAAACGAGAAGAGCAGCUAUUUAAGAGGAGAAAUGUAUGUGCGCCUUUAGUGGAUGAGUCAAUGUCAGAAUGUCCCAUCCAGGAUCCUGACAUCAGCUCCACCGUACCCGUUGCCAGCGAUGGACUCAUAACACCUGAUAUGAUCCAGAUGAUCUUCUCGGAAGACCCGGACCACCAGUUAAUUGCUACACAAAAAUUCAGAAAACUGCUCUCCAAAGAGCCCAACCCUCCCAUAGAUGAGGUCAUUGCCACUCCCGGCGUUGUGAAUCGCUUUGUAGAGUUUCUGAAGAGGAGUGAAAACUGCACAUUGCAGUUUGAGGCAGCCUGGGCAUUAACCAACAUCGCCUCGGGCACCUUCCUGCACACCAAAGUUGUCAUUGAGACGGGUGCUGUGCCCAUUUUCAUUGAGCUGCUCAAUUCGGAGUAUGAGGACGUCCAGGAACAGGCGGUGUGGGCUUUGGGGAAUAUUGCUGGAGAUAAUGCAGAGUGCAGAGACUACGUGCUCAACUGUGACAUCCUGCCCUCUCUCCAGCAGUUGCUUGCAAAAUCCAACCGCCUCACGACGACCCGAAAUGCUGUUUGGGCUCUGUCCAACUUGUGCCGCGGGAAGAACCCCCCACCGGAUUUUUCCAAGGUGUCGCCGUGCCUUAGUGUGCUGUCCAGGCUUCUUUUCAGCAGUGAUCCUGAUGUGCUAGCUGAUGCUUGCUGGGCUCUGUCCUACCUGUCUGAUGGACCCAACGAGAAGAUCCAGACAGUAAUUGACUCUGGAGUCUGUCGCAGGCUCGUGGAGCUGCUCAUGCACGGCGACUAUAAGGUGGUGUCUCCUGCUUUGCGUGCGGUGGGCAACAUCGUUACAGGAGAUGACAUUCAGACCCAGGUGAUCUUGAACUGUGCAGCACUGCCUUGUUUACUACACUUGCUCAGCAGUCCCAAGGAGUCAAUCAAAAAGGAGGCCUGCUGGACCGUGUCCAACAUCACUGCCGGAAACAGAGCUCAGAUUCAAAAUGUGAUUGAUGCCAACAUCUUCCCGGUACUGAUUGAGAUCCUUCAGAAGGCAGAGUUCCGCACAAGGAAAGAGGCAGCGUGGGCAAUCACCAACGCCACCUCUGGUGGCACCCCUGCACAAAUACGGUACCUGGUUUCUUUGAACACUAUCAAGCCCAUGUGUGACCUUCUCACGGUGAUGGACUCCAAGAUCGUGCAGGUGUCACUGAAUGGUCUGGAGAAUAUCCUCCGACUGGGAGAACAGGAGGCCAAACAGAACGGAACGGGCAUCAACCCUUACUGUGCUCUUAUUGAGGAGGCUUAUGGCCUGGACAAGAUCGAAUUCCUGCAGAGCCACGAGAACCAGGAGAUCUACCAGAAGGCCUUCGACCUGAUUGAACACUACUUCGGCGUGGAUGAGGAGGACGCCAGCCUGGCACCACAGGUGGACCAGGGCCAGGGCCAGUUUAUCUUUCAGCAGCAGGAGGGACCCAUGGAGGGUUUCCAGCUCUAACGCAGACCUCAAGGAUUCGUACCUUGGCCACAUGUUCACAUCCUCAACGUCUUACAAAGAAACUGGUGUGAAGAGGCGUGGGGUGUGAUUACUGAGAUACUGUGGGCAAAUUGAUGUUGCCCUGGCAUGUGGGGGGCCUGGAGGGGCACUAGUCCCCAUGCCGCUGAACAACUCCCCGUUUGGAUAUAAUUCUGCUACAAUUGUAUCUUUUUUGGCUUCCUGUGAUCUUAUUUGUACGAUUCUGAAUUGUGUCAAUGCUACUUGUGUUACAGUUGGAAUACUAGUUAGUAUACAUAUCUCCAUUUGAAUGUGUAACUACCUCUACAGUCCUCAGACACACAGACACGGAGGACAAAUCAGUGAGCAGGUGGUGUUUUUCUUCUUUUAUUCUCGUGCAAAAUGUUGCAGCAGGUAGCGGAUGGAAAUGCCGUGCAAGUUGUAAGCCUUCCUGUUGAUUUCCUUGAUUACUCAUCCGAGAGUAGCGCCUGUUUCUGUUCAAGAUGAACGUACGUGACAGAAUUGGCUAAUGUGUCGUGUUUUAGUGUUGCAGUUCAUUCAUCAAUACAUUUAAUGCCUUUCUGCAACAUCACUGAUGUUUAUUGAUGCAGCCGGAUUUGUUUAUCGCACAUGUUGAAGUAGUCCGCUUCUCUUUAAUACCUCCAUUCAUUGAUUAUGAUCAGCUGUCCUUCGUUAGAAGGCUAUGCUUCUCACCCAUUGGGCUGUUGAGUUUCCUGUCGUGACGUUCAUCCUGAAAAAUAAAGCCCUGCUUGAGGCCAACACCGCCUGCUCCUUUAAUUGACACGUAGGAUCACGUCGGGGUGGUAGUUAGAUGCCGCAUGCACUGUUGGUCUCAAGCAGGACUUUAUUCAACACAAGGACAAGACAGGAAACAUCGAACACCAUCCAUCCACUAUGCUACUUAUCCUCAUUAGGAUCCCAGCUGACUUUGGGCGAGAGGCGGGGUCCACCCUGGACUGGUGGCCAGCCAAUCACAGGGCACAUAUAGACAAACAACCAUUCACACUCGCAUUCAUACCUAUGGACAAUUUAGAGUCGCUAAUGUUUUUGGAAUGUGUGAGGAAACCGGAGAAAACAUGCAAACUCCGCACAAGAGACGCCCAAGCGGAGAAUUGAACCCGGGUCUUCCCUGUAUGGCCAACAUGCCAAUCACCCGGGCCCAUCGAAUACUUGCGCAAACCCAGUCCACAGACCACGCCCUACAACCCAAUGGGUGAGAGGCAUGCCCUCUCGUGUCCGCCACGCCAUGCAUAUUGGAUUGUCUUUAUAUAUGAAGUGUUCUUUUUCUACUUUAGUCAUUUGGCAUCAAUAUUUCCUGCGCGUAACGUGAUUACUGAUUCAUGUCAAUUGACGGAAAACAUGAAAUGUUCUAUAUUUGCAAGAAAUAGAAAAUAUUUGUAAUGCAGAAUUUAUUUCAUCUAGGCCAUUCUACAGUGUAUAGUUUUCUAAUAUCUGUGGUUUGUAAGAUUGUAUAGACACUAGGGCUGUCAAUCAUUAAAAUAUUGAAUUGCGAUUAAUUGCGUUUUAUUUAUAGUUAACUCACAUUUAAUCAUGGCACAGAAGCGCUUAUAAUAAGUAGGGAUGGAAAUCUCUUUGUGGUAAACAAUUCAGUACACAUGCACUUCAAAAGCUAUAUACCGUAUUUUGUGGACUGUAAGUCGCACUUUUUUCAUAGGUUGGCUGUUCCUGCAACUUGUACUCUAGAGCGACUUAAAUGAAAUAAAUGAAAAAAAUGUUUUUAUUCCAUAAACACUGGACACCUUUUGUGUUCAUGUUUAUUUUUUGUGUAGCUGAAUUAGCAUUGUGUUAGCAUAUCUGACAUCGAUUCAGCCUGUUCUCUAGUCUUUAUUGGUAGAUCUUGCCUUCCAAGAGGACCUAAUGUCUGUUUUGGUCAAGUAGUUUGGAAAAUAAAUUACCAGCAAAAAAUGCCACUUAUACUCCA